AUGGGUGAAGGUGUCACUAUAGACAUCGGUAAACGUCCUGAAAAUGGAGUAGAGCAAGACGAGAAUGGAUACCAUUAUACUAGUUCAAGUGGUGGUCGAGUUAAUCUUACGGAUGAAUGGUUUCCUGACCCAGAUGGAGUUUAUAUGAAACUCACGCAUGCUCCUGAAAAUACUAGCAUUGAAACUAUUAUACAUAAAGGGAGUGGACUUUCUGGAAUUAGUGGUCUAGGAGAUCACAAAAGUGUCUCAGUCCUUUACUGGAGUAGCAAUUACCAGAAUCCCCUCCUCAUUCAACUUGGUGAGGGAAUGAAUGAGUACUACACCUGGAAUAACAAUGAUACCUGGACUAAACAAGGAAGCAUAACUGCUGACAUUCUAAAGUCCAAGUUGGAUGGACAGAACUGUAUUAGGAACAAAGCUCACACUUUUAAUAUUUCAAAAGAGAGCGAUUACCAAUGUCCCAAUUGUACUGGCACAAGCAUCUUAAUAAUAUCCCAACAUGAAGAUAAUUAUGAUUAUUAUGCGCAUUAUGUUUUGGCUUCUAGACUUGGAUCCUUUUCUACCACCAGUUUCAAGGAUGAUAAAAAUUGGCAACUUGGACUUCCAUCAGUUAAAAAUGUCCAAUCUAUAUCUGUUUAUUGGACCAAAUCCCGUGGAAAGCCUCUCCUAAUACACUAUGAACAAGGUUUUCAUGAAAGGUCUUGGUUCAGAAGAAAUACUACUGAUGGAAGCACUUGGAGUGAGAUUGGAAAGGCGGAUCAAAAUCUACCAGAACAUACUUCUGAUGAUGGUAAAAUAAAGAAGCUUCUUGAAGAGGCUUCUUAUUAUCCAUUAAUCACUCCAGAUUUAUCUAUAUUUACCGAUGCACACUACCCGGAUAGAAAUAUGAACAUCAAUAUAACCGUGAGAACUAGUUCACUGGAUAAUGGCUACUGGAAAUAUAAACAUUCUUUGAGAGGUGGGCUCUUUAAGCUAAAGGGAGUUGAACAUAAUGUUAACAUACUGGGUGGGAUAACACCUCCAGAUUAUAUCCUUGGGAGUAUAACCGCUUUUUAUCAGGGAGAUGAUCCUUAUUCUCUGAAAAACCUUAUAAUGGUUGAGUUAGAGAAAAGAGGUACUGCUAGUAAUGACUAUCUAUAUUACAUAAGGCAAGAAAAUAGUCAAAAUAGCUGGACUCUUCUUGGGAGACAAGAAAAGACAGGUAAAUUAGAGAACGAUGAACUUACCAACCAACUAAACCAGUUGAAGAACAAACUUAAUCUUGGUGCAGACGAAGACGUACAUCCCUCUGCAGAUCCCCAAAAACAGGUCAUCAUAAAUACAGUUGGGGGAACCGUAGGAGGACUUGUAGCGGCUGGAGCUUUAGUUGCUCUAGCCAAGGUAUUUUGGCCAGCAAUUGUGGCAUCUUUUGCCGUUCUAUAG